UCCCUUAUUCUUUCAUUCUUCUUCUCUCACUCCCAACCAGACUCGAAAAAAAAAAAAUCCCCAAAAUUUUCUCCCAUAUUUUCCUCUCAACAAAAUCUCGCCGUUUCGCUUCCUCUUCUCUUUCCCCCAACCAAAUCUGUUUCUCUCUCUUCGACUUUCUCUCUCAUCGGUCGCGGUUCCUUCGCACAUAAUCGCUGGAUUUCCGCUAUUUCCACCUCGAUCGCUCGAUCUGGAGCGCGACGAACAAGAACCCUCCCUUGAUAAUUGGGGAACACACACCGAAACUGAGCCCUGAAAAAGCAAAAACCCCUCUCACUUCUUCCCCGAUGGCGGAUUCGAGGAGGAGAUCUGCGACGCCGCGCUUGAUCUAGGGUUUUCAAAUCUAGGGUUUUGAGGAGGAGGCGUGCCAAAUUCGAUUUCGAAUUGAUGUUUCUUUUCAGGGACGAAGCUCGGAUCGACUCGGAAGAUGGCGGAUUAUGCAUGGGUGCUGUGGUGACCAGUCGAAACACAAUCGGCACAUGUGGCCUGUACCUGCCAACCCGACCACUGUAGCCAUCGAUUCUUCACCGUCUCAAUUUAAAUGCAAAGAUGGACGCAAGAUUCGUGCUGGUGAUUGUGCACUUUUCAAGCCACCUAGGGACUCCCCUCCUUUCAUUGGAAUAAUUCGCAAGUUAACAUUUGACAAAGAAGAAAGUCCGAGUUUAGAAGUAAAUUGGCUAUACCGACCUGCUGAUUUGAAGCUUGCUAAAGGGAUUGUACUGGAAGCUGCUCCAAACGAAGUUUUUUACUCCUUUCACAAGGAUGAAACACCUGCUGCAUCCUUACUCCAUCCGUGUAAAGUCGCAUUUCUUCGUAAGGGUGUUGAACUUCCUUCAGGGAUAUCCGCAUUUGUCUGUCGACGAGUAUAUGACAUUGAGAACAAUUGUUUAUGGUGGCUAACCGAUAAGGAUUACCUUAAUGAACGACAGGAAGAAGUUAACCAGCUAUUAGACAAGACAAAACUAGAAAUGCAUGGGGCUGUGCAGUCAGGAGGCCGUUCUCCGAAGCCCUUGAAUGGUCCAACAUCAACGCAGUCAUUGAAAUCUGGUUCCGAUAACGUUCAAAAUAGUUCUUCCUUUGGUGCACAGGGUAAGGGGAAAAAAAGAGAGCGGGGUGAUCAGGGUUCUGAUUCAUCUAAAAAGGAGCGGUUAUUUAAGGUAGAAGAUGGAGAUUCUGGUCAAUUCAGACCGGAGAGCAUGUUAAAGUCUGAGAUUGCUAAAAUAACUGAUAAUAAAGGUGGGCUUGUGGACUUUGAGGCAGUUGACAGACUGGUACAACUUAUGCAACCUGAUAGUGGUGAUAAAAAAAUAGAUUUGGCAGGGCGGAUGAUGCUUGUCGAUGUAAUUGCACUUACGGACCGGUAUGAGUGUCUAUGCGGGUUUGUACAGCACAGGGGUUUGCCUGUGUUGGAUGAAUGGCUGCAGGAGGUCCACAAGGGCAAAAUCAGUGAUGGAAAUAUGCCUAAAGAAAGUGAUAAGUCCAUUGACGAAUUUUUGUUAGCUUUACUUCGUGCGUUGGAUAAGCUUCCUGUGAACCUUCAUGCACUGCAAACCUGUAAUGUUGGAAAGUCUGUUAAUCAUUUACGCACCCACAAAAAUUAUGAAAUUCAGAGGAAAGCUAGGAGUCUAGUGGAUACAUGGAAGAGACGUGUGGAAGCUGAAAUGAAUAUGAAUGAUUCGAAGUCUGGUUCAAACCGUGCCAUGUCUUGGCCAGCAAAGCCAGCAAAUUCUGAGUCUCCUCAUGUUGGAAAUAGGAAAACAGGAGGAGGAUCCUCUGAUAAUGUUGCAAAGAGCUCUUCAAUUCAACCCUCAAUAUCUAAAAAUUCCCAAUCUAAGUUAAGUUCUGGAGAAGCAUUGUCCAAGUCCUCUUCAUCUCCUGGCUCAACUAAGUCAAUGACUACCUCAGCGAGUGGUAACUCAAAAGAUCAAAACAGUAAAGUCUUGGUUGGAGCCGCAGCGUCAGAUCUGCCUCUGACACCUAUCAAGGAGGAGAGGAGCAGCAGUUCUAGUCAAUCUCAAAAUAACAGUGUCUCUUGUUCUAGUGAACAUGCUAAAGCUAUUGGUUCUUGCAGGGAAGAUGCGAAGAGCUCCACUGCAGUGUCAACGAGUGUGGGCAAAAUUCCUGGUGGUGUGUCUCGAACUCGCAAAUCAAGCAAUGGUCUACAUGGGGCUGGUGUUGCAGUAGGUCCGAAGGAGCACAGCUCUGCAAAAAAUUCAGCUAAGAAUUCACCUGCUGAAAAAGUUUCACCAACUCGAGUCUCCCAUGAAAAAUCAGCCGACCAGCCCCUUACUGAUCAAGGGAAUAAUCAGCGAUUAAUUCUCAGGUUGCCAAACACUGGUCGUAGUCCUUCAAGGGGAGCUAGCGGUGGCUCAUUUGAAGAACCAGGUAUCAUGUGCAGCAAAGCUUCGCCUCCUGCCGACAGGAAUGAGAACCAGGACAGAAGAGUGAAAACUAAAACCGAGUGUUUGCUGACCCAUGUGUCAAAUAUGAUGAAUGAAGCAUGCGAUGCUAGUGAAGCUUUGCUUGGUGUUGACGAAGGUAAGGGCCCUCCAAUGUUCGAUGAGCGAUGCAGGGCUAAUGAAGAUGGUGAUAAGGUAGAAGAAACAUCAAAACCAACUAGUUUGUCAUCUGGAUUUGUUUCCAGAUCAGGGCAGACUUAUGAUUUAAGCUCCAUGAAUGCAUUAGUUGAAAGCUGUGUGAAGAUUUCUGAAGCAAGUGCAUCUGCGUCCCAUGGAGAUGAUGGAAUGAACCUACUAGCUACUGUGGCUGCAGGGGAAAUAUCAAGAUCUGAAAAUGCCUCACCCAUGUCAUCCCCUGAGAGAAAGUCUCUUCCUGCAGAUGAAUUGAGCUCAGCCAAUGAUUUCAAGUUAAAACAUUCUGUUGAAGCAGCUGGUUGCACUGUUUCACAGUUGGAUGGUGGGGCUAUUGCAGAGCAUCCUUUGAAUACAGUUGAUUCAUUGCAGAUAAAAAAUGAUUUGAGGCAUCCUGCUACGACUUCAGGAGAUGGUGAAGCCAUUUCAUCGAGUUGUGUAGAGAAAAGUGGUGAUGGUAGAUCUCAGAUAAAUAGCUCCCCUACAGAUUUCUUACAAAAUGCUGAAGGUCCAUGCUUACGGCCUGAAAUCAAAGAGGAUACUUCUGAAACUAUAUUGCCAGAUAAAAAGGAGACUAAUGUAGACCUCGGAGGUUCUGACUCUAAAUUAAAGUCAUGCACUUCCUCUAUUGAUGAUGAUCAGAAGGUUGAUCACAUGAAUGAGGGAACCAUUGAGAAUGAGGAAUUGUUGGUUCCAAAAGCUGUUGCAAGUGUUAAGUCUGAAAAUGAAUCAGGUGAAAAGCAAGCUGAGUUAUCCUCAGGCGUGGAUAAUGAGAACCAGAUUUGUUCAGAAAAAGCAACAGGUACUGGUAUACUAGUGCAAAAGGCCUCUCCAAUUGCAGAAAACUGUGAGUCCUUAUAUUUAAAAAAGGAGUCACCUACUUCUGGUAAUGCUGUAAUGGUAUCUAGGGAUGAAAAUGCUGAUGACAUGAAGUCAGUUGUGAUUGAGCCUGAUGAACGAAGAAUGGAGCAGGAUUUAUCAGUUUCAGAUGAUGUUAAUGAAUGUGCUGAAGAUACUAUGGGCAGAAAUGAGGCUAUAGGUCAGUGUUCUGGCUCAUCAGUUCAGCCAGAUUUACCAACAAUGCCUAGGAAAGAGAAUGAUGUGUUUAAAGCAUGUGAGCGAAAGUUGGAUGCAAAUCAAUCUGAGGUUGCAGGAGAGAGGCAUGCAGGUUCUGCUGCUGGGUCUGAUACUGCUGUAAAACUCGACUUUGAUUUAAAUGAAGGCUUUCCUGUUGAUGAUGUAAGCCAAGGGGAGAUUGCUAGGCAGGAAGAUCCUAUCACAUCAUCUGCAGUUCAUGUUCCUUGCCUAUUGCCUUUUCCUAUUUCGUCCAUCUCUGGGGGCUUCCAUGCUUCAAUUACAGUGGCAUCUGCUGCAAAGGGGCCUGUUGUUCCACCUGAAAACCCAUUGCGGAUUAAGGGGGAGCUUGGUUGGAAAGGGUCAGCCGCUACCAGUGCAUUUCGGCCAGCUGAACCUAGGAAAAAUGCUGAGACAGCAUCCACUACUAAUGAUAUUGCUUCUGUUGACGGCACUUCUAUCAAACAAGGUCGCCCUCCCUUAGAUUUUGACUUAAAUGUGGCAGAUGAAAGAUGUUUUGAGGAUGUUGGUUUGCGUGGUUCUUUAGAAGCUGGACCACUUGAUCGUAGCACUGGGGGAUUUGAUCUUGAUUUAAAUAAAGUUGACGAGACUCCUGAAAUUGGCACUUUCUCGCUAAGCAAACUGGAAAUUCCUUCUUUACCUAGUAAGCCUUCGUUGUCCAGUGGGUUAUCUAAUGGUGGAAGUGUCUCAAGAGACUUUGACUUAAAUAACGGGCCAGGCCUUGAUGAAGUUGGCAGUGAAGUCCCUGCACGUAGUCAGCAGAUGAAAAGUACUGUACCAUUCCCAACUGCUGUCCAUAGCACACGAACAAACAAUGCUGAAUUUGGGAAUUAUUCUGCAUGGUUUCCUCCAGGCAAUUCUUAUUCUGCAAUUACUGUCCCACCACUUCUGUCUGGUAGAGGGGAGCAGAGUUAUGUUGCUGGUGCUGGGGCACAACGGAUAAUGGGUCCUACAGGUAGUGCUCCUUUUGGUCCUGAAAUCUACAGAGGACCAGUGCUUUCAUCCUCUCCAGCCGUUGCUUAUCCACCUACUACACCUUUUCCCUAUCCAGGAUUUCCAUUUGAAACCAAUUUUCCAUUAUCUUCAAACUCCUUUUCUGGUUGUUCAACGGCAUUUAUGGAUUCAUCUACUGUGGGUGGAUUAUGCUUUCCUACCAUGCCCUCACAGCCAGUUGGGCCUGGUGGUGUUGUUUCAUCCACAUAUCCCCGUCCAUAUGUUAUGAGUCUUCCAGGUGGUACAAGUAAUGUGAUUCCUGACAGCAGAAAAUGGGCAAGUCAAAGUCUGGAUCUUAAUUCGGGCCCUGGUGGUAUGGAUACAGAACGGAGAGAUGAUAGAUUGCCUUCAGGAUUGAGGCAAAUGUCUGUCCCCAAUUCACAAGCCUCGAUGGAGGACCACUUGAAGAUGUUUCAGAUGGCUGGUGCAUUGAAAAGAAAAGAACCUGAUGGUGGUUGGGAGGGAGCCGAGAGAUUCGGUUACAAACAAACUUCAUGGCAGUAGUGCCAUGGCUCUUCAACGCAAAUAUUCAAGAGCUAUUUUGGAAAAUGUCAGAAAAAUUGGGGAUAUUAUUUUGAGUGUUGAGCCAUGGACAACAAGCAAAGAUGCUACCCUUGUUGCUGAUGUGCCUCUUCAGUUCUGACUUGAUAAAGCGAUCAGGGCCUCUGAUGCAGUUGUUUUGUAUGAAUCUGCUCCCAGAUUGUCGCUUGCAGAUAAAUGUUUUUCCUGUGUAGAUAUCUAACUGAAAACAGCAGGUGUGAUAAUGCCGCCUAGAAUCAGAGAAAUUGGCAUCAAGUGUUUGACUGUGACUGUUCUGCAACAGCACCGAGCCCAAUCCGCUCUCGAGCAUUUGGAAGGAGAGGAUUGGAUGUAUGAACUGGCUAAGCUUGAGGCUAGUUUGUCUUCUUUAAAUCAUUUUUUUUCAACUUUUGUUACAUAUAUAGUUAUUGCUGUAGUCUUGACUUUGGAAUUUUGUCACUUAUCACAUUCUGGCUAUUGAUAUAUGCACAGGUUAGCCUCCAUGGCCAAUGUGUCACUUCUCUCUCUUAUUGUUAUCGCCUUGCACUUGCAACAUUUUCUUUUUGGUAUCACAACUGGAUUUGGUUUGUAAAAUUCCUUUGAAUUCUUCAUA